AUGAUAUUAUACUUUAUAUUUUUUCUCUUAUAUUCAAAAGUUACUGCGCUAAAAUGUCGCACGUGGACACAAGUUUGUGGAACCGAUGGAAAGACAUAUCCGACAGCUUGUCACUUGAACAAAGCUUCAAUUGAGGAUUGGGAUCUUCAGAUACUUCAUGAAGGUCCUUGUUUCUCAUCCCUUAGGCAAAUUAAAGAUAAUGCAAUUGAAAAUAUAAAUCAGGAUUUUAAUGACGAAUUACAGCGUUCUGAAGAUGACAUAAAUGAUUCAAGGCAUUUAGAAACAAAUAAAACCAUCGGGUAUUAA